AUGUUGCGCGCCACGUCGAUUCUGAUGUUUCUGAUGGCUAUUUUGCCAGUCAUUUCUGCACUGGACUGCAGGUAACAUACUUGAUUAUUUUUGAAUAAGUCUCAUGGCUUUAUUACUUACCGUGAGAAUUUCAAUAAAAACGACCAAAUCUGUAGAUGUUGAUUACGAAUGUAAAUCAUAUUCACGUUGGAAUUUCGUUGUCUCCCCCAAUAGAAAGAGCAAUUAUUGCAGAAAGUUUUCGUUUGCUCCCGCGUGCCGUGGGAUAAUGCUCAAACGAUCUGGAGCCCACGCUCUCUCGGAAUCAAAUGAAUCUGCCGCAGAAGAUAUUUCAGUGCGUUUAUCCUUUUCUGCUCUUUCCUUUUUGUUCAAAAAACAAUUUUCAGAAAGGCCAGCAGGUGGAGCUCUUGACUUGGCUUCUGAGACAGCUUGAGGAGGAAAGCGCCAACAAAGACUGCGUCAGCAUUGCUUGGCUCCGAGACCGCUUCUCCGCCAACAGCAGUCAGACUGCAGAAGGCGAAUCUACCUGACUUUGACUUUUCAGAUCCUUUCAUCAACUAA